GUCACGAUGACGGAAGUGAUUGAAAGCAACACUAAGCUAAAACCAGAGGAAAACAAGAAAAAAUGAAGCUGGCGAUCCAACGACAGAAAGUUCGGGUUUUUGUUUCAUAAAGGGAGAGGUAGUGAGGGAGAGAUGACCAAGGAGGAUGUACUUAGAGAGUCUUCAGAGGGAAACUCAGUCCUUGGGCUUUACAACAUUAUUACCAGAACCUCUGAGCGCCCAGUGAUUCAUCAGGUGUCGUCAGCACCCAUGCCCUCAGACAGUGAGUUCUCCUUCUUCGACCCGUGUGAUCCUCAGUGUCAAGAAGUUCUGUUGGACCCUCAGACCACUGUGCCCGAGCUCUUCGCUGUUCUCAGGCAGUGGGUUCCCCAAGUUCAGCGAAAUAUUAGUCUUAUAGGCAAUGAGAUUCUGAAGAGAGGCUGUGGCGUUAAUGACAGAGAUGGUCUCACAGACAUGACAUUACUGCACUACUGCUGCAAGGCAGGUGCUCCUGGAAUAGGUGAUGCUGAAAGCGCUGCCAAUUUCGCCCAUCAGCUGUUAGCGCUGGGAGCCGAGCCGUCUUUACGCAGCCGCUGGACGAAUAUGAAUGCUCUGCACUAUGCCGCAUAUUUUGACAUUCCUCCUCUCAUCCGGGUGGUUCUUCAGGCUUCACAGCCGGGAGAGGUGGAUGCAACCUGUAGUGAUUUUGACUUUGGCACUGCCCUGCAUAUCGCUGCCUCGAACAUGUGCACCGCUGCAGUGAAGUGUUUGUUGGAGCUGGGAGCCAACCCUGGUUUUAGGAAUGACAAGGGUCAGUGUCCUGCUGAUGUUGUUCCAGAUCAUCUGGACAUGCCUCUAGAUAUAGCUGAUGCUGCAGUCCAGGCUAAAGAGCUCCGCACAUUGCUACAGGAAGUUCUUCCUUGGCAAGACGCUCCCCUCCCUUUCCUGCCCGCCCGACCUCUAGGCCAACUCUCUGACAAGGCCCGUGCCCAGCUCUCAAGUAUGGGCCUUCACCUCGGAGAUAAAGUAGUCAUUGCUGGUCAAAAGGUUGGAACUCUGCGGUUCUGUGGCAGUACUGAGUUUGCUGGUGGUCUGUGGGCCGGAGUGGAGCUUCACCAACCAGUGGGGAAGAAUGACGGAUCAGUAGCUGGUGUUCAGUACUUCAUUUGCCCUAUUAAACAUGGAAUUUUUGCCCCCCUCUCUAAAGUCAGCAAGCUCUCUGAGCGCCGGAAAAACAGUCCCCGCCAGCCCUCUGCUCCCGUACCCCACCCAAAACGCAUCGACUUGGCGCGGGUUACGGCCAAGGUCAACACAGGUCUCCUUUCAUGCAGUUGCUCCACUUCUUCCUCCUCCCUGGAUUCCAGACAAACGUCCUCCAGGCGACCGCCACGCCCACCCCCACGGCAAAGACCGCCACUGCGCCCAUGGCAGGAGCGGACCCCUUCCAGCACCAGAUCCACCCCUCCUCCAUCCCGCUCCCUCAUUGAUACCCCACAUUCUGGGAUUGCUAGCAGCAGGACCCCUUCAGCGAGCAGCAUGGCACAUGAAAGCAUAGAGAUGCGCUUGGGGGAGCGCGUACUGGUGGUGGGACAGAGGACAGGAGUGGUCCGAUUUUACGGCAAAACAAGUUUCGCGCCAGGCUUUUGGUUGGGGAUUGAGUUGGACAAGCCAAGCGGGAAGAAUGACGGAUCUGUUAGAGGAGUGCGAUACUUCAGCUGUCCUCCGAAACAUGGAGUCUUCGCCCCUCCCUCACGAGUUCAGAGCAGGAUUCAUGGCUCAGUUGACUGCCUGUCAGAGCUGUCCUCCUCUCGGAUGAACUAUUCCUUUACAGGAAUUCGACGCACACUAAGCACUUCUUCAGCCAUAGCCACGCAGAGAGAACCAAGUCGGAAAGGUCAAGUUAGCAGGAACCGUUCCAGUAACUUGCGGCGCCGAUGGAGCACGGUAAGCGCUGGCUGGGGGUCAUCGAGAGCAAACAGCAGCGUUGGCACAGGGCCCAGCCGAGUGGGUGGCACCACCAGCUCCUCUGGCUCAGAUGGUACAGUCAAACUCCACCUGGGCAUGCAGGUCUUGCUAAUUAGUGGCAAUGUGAUGGGCACCAUCCGUUACAUUGGCACAGCUGACUUUGCCCCCGGCCUGUGGCUGGGCCUUGAGCUGCGGAGCCCGAAGGGAAAAAAUGAUGGAUCUGUGGGCAGCCGACGCUACUUCAGCUGCCGACCUGGCCAUGGGGUUCUGGUGCGACCCAGUAGGGUCACAUAUCGUGGUAUCAACGGAGCCAAGCUGGUGGAUGAAAGUAGCUGAGACCAUAGCUCUCUGCAGAAGCUUGGGCUAUCUAAUUCUCAACCCAUCUGUCUUUCUGUUAGUUUUGUUUUCAUGGAUUUGUGUGAAGACUUAAAGGGAUAAUUUACCCAUUUACACGCUCCUAUAUUGUCACAAACCCAUAUGACUUUCCUUUUUCUGUGGAACACAAAAGUAAAUAUUAAUAUUAUCCCUAUAAUAUUAAUAAUACAAAUGAAUGUUAAUAUAUCCCUAAGAAUAUUAGGAACCUAAAGUCCUCAUUCACUUUUUUUGUAUGGGAAAAAAAAAAGAAGUAAUUUUUGGUGAACUUGCACUUAAAGCCGACUUGAAAAGACAUUUUAUUCAGAACUGCACUUAAACUUUCAUAGCUGAUAAACUGAAAAAUGAAGUACUUUAUGAAUGGUUGAACAAAAGAAAUAUCAUUUAUGACAUUUUUUAUUAUUUUAAAGGAAUUCUUCACCCAAUUAUGACAAUUUUGUUAUUAUUUACACACCCUCAUGUUGUUCAGUACCUGUUUGACUUUCUCUCUCCCAUGCAACACAAGUGACCACGUCUGCCAAGCUCAUAAAAGGACAAAAAGUACCUUACAGGUAAUCCAUAGGACGUGCACUUUAUUCAAAGUCUUACGCAGUCAUACGAUGGCUUUGUGUAAGGAACAACACAAAAUGUGUUAUUCACUAAAGUUCAAAGCACAAUCUAUGAAUCUGAAGGCAGAUGCAAAUAAGAUUAGAGAUUCAUUGGUCAAAAAUGGCAUAAAGUCGGUUCCUCACACAGGGUUGACAGGCAUGUUCACCAUGAACUGUUGUUGUAUAGAAAAGAGCUGGCUUUCAGGAAAAUACUUUUUUGCUUUUUGUGUUCCACCAAAAUAGCAUAUGGCUUUGGAAUAAUUUUUAUUUAAUUAUGUUCUUUGGGUGAGAACUAUCCUUGCUGAGAAUGUUUUAAUUUUAGCUGGAGGUUUCAGUUGAGAUUGGAUAUGAGAAACUAAACCGUUAAUAAAUGGAAUGUGGAGGAAGACAAUAACUUGAAAAGCAGCAGGAUUUAAGUAGUUCAGACGAUUUAAUAACUUUCAACUGUGAUAAUAUCAGCUUCUCAAAUCCUCCCUAAAGUGUUUUCACAAAGCAUAGUGUAGUUUGUAAGCUCUUGUCAAUAGGACACACUUCAGAACAUGGCAUUUGCAUUCAGAAACUUGUAAUCUUUCAUCUUUGUUCGAGAGCACUUAAUGAUAAGCACUUUAACGCUAACGUAAUCCAAUCAGAAAUCUUCAAUUCACUGUACUUGAAAUUUCAACAGAUAGUGCAGUAGUUGUUCCUUACAGGUUUGAUCAGGGUUUUAUUUUUUUAUUUAAUUUAUCAUUAUGAAAAAAAAAAAACUUUUAAACCCAUAAACAAAAUGACAUUUUGCAUAAAAACAUUUUGCCUUUAUUGUGGCAUUAUUUAUAUUUUCGUCACAAUUAAGAACAUUUUGUUUACUUAGUUGCACUAUAAUAUAUAUAUAUAUAUAUAUAUAUAUACAGUGGGUAUGGAAAGUAUUCAG